AUGAAACAAUGGAUAUUUGUCUUAUGCCUUUUAGGAUCAUGUUCUGCUUUGCCGAUACUGCCUCGUCAUGCUGGGAUUCCUGGAAUGGGUAGUAUAAGCCUUGAGUAUGCCCAACCUUAUAGCUAUGCUGAUCCAUUUCAUUCAAUGUGGAUGCACAAUUUCCUACCAUCCCAUUCAUCAUUCUACUUGAUAAGGCAAAGACCUCAACAUGAAACUCAACAGUAUGAAUACUCAAUGCCGGUGCACCCUCCUCCAUUGCCAUCUCAAACAACCACUCUGCUUCAACAACCUGGGAUACAAGAGCAACCUCAUUACCAUUACACACAUUUCAUUCCUACAAGGCAAAUGCAAAUACAAAAUUACGAUGUACAGCCAGCAUUUCAGCCAAACCAGUUUUCUCCCUCAGAAGGAAAUCAACCAGAUGUUCAGCAACAGCCAUCACCAUCGGACAGACAAACUCAGCAGAUCUACCCUGGUUUAUUUGGAACCCAGCAAAACACAGCCCAACAACCACAGCAACGAUAUAUUUAUCCCAGUUUGCAAUAUAUGUCUUAUGUAGCAAACCAAGGAGCUCCUACCGGAUUAGGAAUAGUAAGCUCUGAAGAAAUGCAGGGUGGGGGAUUUGGUGCACCAGCCUAUCGAGCAGCAGGCCCCCAUCUCUUUCCCAUGGAUGCUAGAUUUGGAAAUAUGCCACUGAAUAGAGGCCAACCAGGAGACUACACAGUUGAAGAUGAUCAGCUGGGCAUCACAGAACAGCCUGAAGUUCAAGGAGGAGCUAAUCUAGGGUCCAACCCUUCAGGGAGAGGGAACAAUGUAAUCCCUGUAGAUGGCAACCUAGGGGUUGCCUUGCCCAAUGUCAAUAACAAUCUGUUAAACCCUGCUGCUCAGAGUAAAGGGCAGCCAAGUGCACCCCAAGCCACUGCAUUGCCUCCAGCAACUCAUGAUAGCUUCAUUCCUUUGGAGGCUGCUGACACUGCCAUGCCUUUGGAUCCUACCAUGUUUCCUGACUCCUUUUACUCAACUGGAGGAAAUGAGGCUGGCCAGCCACAACUCAGUCAAAACAGCUGGCAUUUCCAAGAGCCCUGA